CAGUAAGCAGCAUAAACAUGUUCUCCCCUUGGACUUUUCCAUCUGACGAAGACGAGCCGCACAGGCGGGUAAACGAACCGGAGAAGAAGGUAAAGAAGAGAAAAUGGUGGCAGAGACGCCAGAAGGUAGAGAUGCAGGACGUGGAGGGUGAGAAGGGAAAUGAGGUAAAGGGUGAAGAGAUGGGGCAAGGAGUGGAGCAGAAGGUUUUAGAGGACCAGGCAGACCAAACACCAAAGAUGGAGAAGCAGGGGGUUCUGGGGAAAAACAAACCUGAGAAGAAAGUAAAGAAGAGAAAAUGGUGGCAGAGACGACAGAAAGUAGAGAUGCAGGUGGCCCCACGGGACCUGGUGGAAGAACCAGAGCAGGUCGUUCUAAAGGACCAGAGGAAACCAGUAAAGAAGGUGGCUCUGGUCUUUGAGAUUGAGAUGAAGAAGUUAGAGAGGCAGGUGGACCCAGUAGAGCAGGUGGACCCAGUGGAAAAACCAGACCAGGUCAUGAAGAAGGUAGAGAGGCAGGUGGCCCCGCUGAACCUGGUUGAAGAACCAGAGCAGGUCAUCCUAGAGGACCAGUGGAAGGAACAUGUAAAAAAUAAGGUUCAUUUCAUUGAGAAUGAGAUGAAGAAGGCAGAGAGGCAGAUGGUCCAGCUGAACCUGGUGGAAGAACCAGAGCUGGUCAUCCUGAAGGACCAGUGGAAGGGACAUGUAAAAAAUAGGGUUCGUUUCAUAGAGAAUGAGAUGAAGAAGGCAGAGAGGCAGAUGGUCCAGCUGAACCUGGUGGAAGAACCAGAGCUGGUCAUCCUAAAGGACCAAGGGAAGGGACAAGUAAAAAAUAGGGUUUGUUUCAUAGAGAAUGAGAUGAAGAAGGCAGAGAGGCAGAUGGUCCAGCUGAACCUGGUGGAAGAACCAGAGCUGGUCAUCCUGAAGGACCAGUGGAAGGGACAUGUAAAAAGUAGGGUUCGUUUCAUAGAGAAUGAGAUGAAGAAGGCAGAGAGGCAGAUGGUCCAGCUGAACCUGGUGGAAGAACCAGAGCUGGUCAUCCUAAAGGACCAGGGGGAGGGACAAGUAAAAAAUAGGGUUUGUUUCAUAGAGAAUGAGAUGAAGAAGGUAGAGAGACAGGUGGACCCGGUGGACACAGUGGAAAAACCAAAGCAGGUAGUAAAGAACCAGAUGGAGAAGCAGGUGCUUCAGAUGGACCAGAUGACGAAGGUGGAAGAACGGGUGGAUCAGGUAGGUUUGAAGAAUGAGGUUAAUAAACCUGAGGAGCAGGUGGGUCUACAGGACCAGAGGGAAAAUCUGGAAAGGCUGGUGGUUCUAGUGAACCGGGUGAAGGAACCAGACAGGGAUGAAGCACCUGAGCACCAGUGGACAGAACUGGAGAAGCCAGCAGCUUUGGAGCACCAAAUAUGGAAACUGAAGGAGCAGAACCUGGAUAGAGGAUGCACUGAAGAUGCACUGAAGAACAUCUCCGAGGUGUCUUCAAACAAUCCGGACCACGAGCAGCUGCAGGACGACGUUCUUGUUCCCCCCAUCGUUGAAGCCCAACCUGAAGAGUCCGCGGCUCUGAUGGAGAUCGCGUGUGAAGAUGAAGGUGUCCCGAUGCAGAAGUUGAGGAGAACCAGCCUGAGAACCAAACGCCCAGUUCUUCAACGUCUGAAGCUGAGGUGGUGACGAUCCGGAGAUCAUCCAAUCACACGCCGACUUUUCCAACAUCAAAAUAACAAUAAAGUGCCUUCAUGAA